AUGUCUCCAUUCACAGAUGAUGUGAUUAUUUAUGUGGAAAAAUCCCAAAGAAGUGUGAAGAUUGCUCCUGGAGCAGUUGUGUGUGUAGAAAGUGAAAUCAGAGGAGAUGUUACUAUAGGUAAGAAAACAGUAUAUUGUCACCCUGAUAAUAUCACCCCUGAUGCUGGAGAUUCAGAACCUAAACCUAUGAUCAUUGGCACCAAUAAUGUGUUUGAAGUUGGCUGUUAUUCUCAAGCCAUGAAAAUGGGAGAUAAUAAUGUUAUUGAAUCAAAAGCUUAUGUAGGCAGAAAUGUAAUAUUGACAAGUGGUUGCAUCAUUGGUGCCUGUUGCAGUUUGAAUACUUUUGAAGUCAUCCCUGAGAAUACAGUGAUUUAUGGUGCAGACUGCCUUCGUCGGGUACAAACUGAGCGACCACAGCCUCAGACACUACAGCUGGAUUUCCUAAUGAAAAUCUUGCCAAACUAUCACCACUUAAAGAAGACUACUAAAGGAAGCUCAACUCCGGUUAAGAACUAA